AUGCAUGUAAACGGUCGCAUGCGGCCCGCGAGCCGCCAGCUUGACACACCUGGUGUAAGCGGUCUGUGUGGUGGGUUGCUUCUUUCUGUGCGUGGACGAUUGUUGUCUGGGUGUAGGCGGUCUCUCUCUCUCUCUCUCUCUCUCUCUCUCUCUCUCUCUCUCUCGCUCGCUCGCUCUCUCUCUCUCCCAGAAACUUUAACUAAGUGUAUGUCUUUUGAGUUUGCGUCUUUCGUGUGUGCGUCUUUCGAGUGUCCGUCUUCCGAGUGUAUGUUUUCUGAGUGUCCGUCUUCCGACUGUGUAUCUUCCGACUGUACGUCUUCUGAGUGUAGAUUUCUUCCUGACUCACCCUUUCUCUCUUUCUUUCUUUCUUUCUCUUUCUCUUUCUUUCUACAUUGUCCUUCUUAUACAUUUUAUCUCUCUUUUCUAUCGCUCUCUCUUUCUCUUCUUUUUCGUUUCCUAUUUUUCUCUCUAUUUAUCAUUCUUUUUUCUUUUCCGUUUCUCUUUAUUUCUCUGUCCCUCCAUUACUUUCCCUCUUUCUUUAUCUUUCCCUUUCUUUCUCUUCCUUCUCUCUCUCUCUCUCUCUCUCUUCUAAUUUCUCUUUCUUUCUUUUUCUUUCGCUUUAUCUCUCCUAUUUCUCUCUAUUUGUCUUUCUCUAUAUUUCUCUCUUUCUUGCCUUCUUUUUCUUUCUUUUUCUCCCUCAUAUUUCCCUUACUUUCACUUUCUUUCUCUAAUUUCUUUAUCUGUCCUUUUCUUUCUCUUUCUCUCACCUUCUUUUUCUUUCUCUUUCUUUCUUUCUUACUUUUAAUUUAUCUUCUGCAUCUAUCUAUCUAUCUAUCUAUCUAUCUAUCUAUCUAUCUGUUUGUUUCUAUCUAUCUAUCUUACUUUUUUACUUUCAUCUUUUCUUUCUUUCUUUCUUUCUUUCUUUCUUUCUUUCUUUCUUUCUUUCUUUCUCCUUUUUCGUUUCUUUUAGUCUUCAUUUUAUUUCUCUCUUUCUUUCUUGCUUUCUCCGGUCCAUUCGUUCUUUCAAUCUUUCUUUCUUAG